GGCGAUAUGCCCCCCUUAAUCCUUUUAAACCCCCCCAAAGAGGAGGCAGCAAAUCGUAAGUAGAACUAAGGGAAGACAGAGGGCAGUGGCUACUGGGCAUGCUCAGUUCGAGUGAGCAUGCUCAGUACACUCAAAGUAGCAAAACGGGAGCGAGAGCUGUGGGGCAGGGUUUGGUUCCUGGCGGCUGCCGUCCAGGCCGGGCGCAGCAGGAAGCACGGGGAGGUGCCGCUGCGAUGGAGUUCUCCGAGGAGACACUGAGGACGCAGCUGGUUAAGCUGCUAGUUCAUUGAACCAAAGUUGGGCUGCAGUUGUAUGAUGUUUAGGUGCCAGCAUUGGGGUGUCAGUUCAAAUUUUCCAUGAUCUGGAGCACAAUAUCUAAAUCCUGGAAGUGAACAGUCCCAGAUUUGCAAAAUUGUUGGGGAGGAUAAAGAAUCUGGAGGGCAGCUUAUGGAGAGGGAAUGGUCCAAAGGAAAUACCUGAAGUCUGGUUUUGCAAAGGUAUUAGCCCUCACCAAUAACUAUAUUCAUACCACAUUUCAAACUUCAGCAGUUCCUGCUAGGUGGUCCUUUCGAGUUGAAACAUUCUUCUAUUUGUGUACAGUAUAAAUUCCGGGACCUGACCAUAGAAGAAUUGAAGAAUGUUGUUAAGAUCUACCCAAACUUCAGAUUCUCCAUGGAUACAUACACUUUCAAAGACGGAUCCCUUAAAGACCUCUUGAAUUUUAGUGGCACUAUUCCAGUGAAAUAUCGGGGUAAUUCCUAUAACAUACCAAUUUGUUUGUGGAUUUUGGAUUCUCAUCCUUUUGCUCCUCCCAUUUGCUUGCUGAAACCAACUAUAAACAUGGAAAUCUCUGUGGGAAAACAUGUAGAUGCACAUGGCAGGAUAUACUUGCCCUAUCUACAAAACUGGAGCCACCCAAAGUCAAUUAUCAUUGGAUUAAUCAAAGAAAUGAUUGAAAAGUUUGAGGAAGAGCUACCUCUGUAUUCAGUAUCAUCUUCUGAUGAAGCCAAGCAGCUAGAACUGCUAUCCUAUAUUGCAAAGAUAACUACAGGUGAAACUGACAUGAAUUCAAAGACUAUGGUGGGUGGACAGAAAAAAGAUGGAGGCUUUAACAAAGUUACUGUGAUUGGAGCAGGAGAUCUUGGCAUUGCUUGUGUACUAGCAAUUGCAGCAAAGGGUGCUGCAGACCAGGUAGUUCUCUUGGACCUCUCAGAAGGUGCAGCAAAAGGAGGAACAAUGGACCUGGAUAUCUUUGCUCUGCCAAAUGUAGAGAUCAGCAAAGAUUUUUCUACUUCUGCUGAUUCAAAAGUGGUAGUGCUCACCGUUAAUUCUCUGGGUAAUGCUCAGUCGUAUCUUGGUGUCAUACAGAGCAACGUGGAUCUAUUCAGAGGAAUUGUCCCAGCAGUAGCACAUUAUAGUCAAAAUAGUGUGCUGCUUGUUGCAUCUCAUCCAGUGGAAAUAAUGACAUAUGUCUCAUGGAAGCUGAGUGCAUUUCCUAAAAGCAGAGUUAUCGGAAUUGGCUGUAAUCUAGACACUGAGAGAUUCCAAUAUAUUAUCACAAACUUGUUGAAAGCACAGACCAUAGGAAAAGAGGCUUGGAUUAUCGGCGAACGAGGGGAAGACAAAGUGCCUGCAUGGAGUGGUUCUAACUUAGUAACAUGUCAUCAAACUGAACGAGUAGUGAAUGAUAACUCUCAGGAGCAGUUGGCGAACAGAGCCAUGGAAGUUCUUAAGGGAAAAGGUCAAAAGUCCUGGUCUGUUGGGCUGUCAAUAGCUGAUCUGAUUGAAAGUAUACUGAAAAAUAAAAGAAAGGUUCAUUCCAUAUCAACUCUGGCAAAGGGGUGUUGCAAUAUAAACAGUGAAGUAUUUUUAAGUAUGCCAUGUAUUCUUGGAACCAAUGGAGUGACUGAAAUUAUCAAACCACUGAAGGAGGAUAAGUUGGUGGCAAAAAAACUGCAAAGCAGUGCAGCAUCAAUUCAUGACCUUCAACAGCAAUUGAAACUUUAAACACAAUGGAAUCAUGCAAUAUCUGCUCAUGAAAAUGCUGGGUUUGAUAAGGAAAAAUGUUUCCUUGGUAGAUACAGGUUUCUGCAAACAGAAGAAUUAUCAUUUCCUUUCACAACUGUGUCACUCCUUCAAAGCAUUAGUUAAACUAUGUAACAAAGAGAACAUCUCAAAAUUGAAACCUUUUUUUUAUGCUGUAGCUUUUGUAGUCAAAAUGAAGAGGAUAAUGUACAACUAUGUUUUUUUUGUCAAGAUUUAAGUAGCUUUGCCUGCAGUCUUUGUUACUAAGCUAUGCACCAUGUAGGCCUGAUUUUCACAUUCACUAUGUUUCCGUUGUGCCCUCUGCUGGGACAAAUAGGUUAUAAAGCUGACUUAACAAUCUACCUGGAAGUGUCUAUAGUGUAGGGAGAAUCCUUGCGUGGUGCAGAGCCACUACAGAAGCAGUAUGUCAUCUUGUAACCUUCAGUGAAGGGGGCAUGACUAGAACACCAUUGCACUCCAGCUAUUCAGUGCAGUAAAGCAUUGACUAAAAUGAUCCUCAUGCUUAACAGACACGAUAAAGGUAGAGCACUUUAUUGUUUUCAUGUAAUUGAACUUGACACUAGAACACUGCUAGGAAAAAUGGAAAAUAUUUUUUUAAUGAUACACCUUUGAGCUUGAGCUUUUGGGCACUGGGUAUGAAUGCUGUUGUAUGUUCAUUUAAUUGUCUGAGCUUUUUUUCCUAGAAUUUUUCUCUAUUUGAAUUGUUUUGUAUGUUUUACAGAUACUUUAGGUGCUUUUAUGCUAUGUAUUAGAAAUAACUCUUUUGUUUUAAACACUAGAGGCAUUCCAACAAGUACAACAUUGGUAAAGAUACUGCAUACAGCGGUGAGGUGUUUGUGUGGGGGGAGGUGGGAAUAAAGGACAAUCUGACAGUUGAGUAAUAUAGAAGUAAAUAAGGCUUGGGGGCAUAAUUAAUUCAUGGAAAUAUAUGAUUCAAAGCCCAUUGAUGUCAGUGGGAUUUGGAUCAGGUUCAUAAGGAAUAAAGUGAGGAAAGGCAACUGAAUCUGAGUAGGGAGACACCCCUGGCUGAUAAGGGUGAGGGGUGUACAGAAAAAGCAGGAUACUAGUGUUUAAAAUAAACCAAAAAAGAAUGCAUGUUGCUACAAGUGGUUUUAUCGACUUCUUAAAUAAUCUUUGCUUGUUCAUUAUGUUACACUCCUAAUAGAAAAGUAGCAUAUUCAUCUUGUAUAUAGACUUUAGUAUUAAAUUGAAUACUAAUGAUACCAAAUACAGUAAAGGAGAAAAUGUGGACCUAACUCUAAAAGUGCUGGUAUGUAUUUCUUAAAAUACCAUUGAAGCUUUAUGUUGGUAAAGAUACAAUAUGUGAAGGAAUUAGAUUGAUAUACUUGUUGUGCCUUACACUUAUACCUCAGAAAGGGCCCAGUCUUGAAGAGGCUUAGUACCCUCAACAACCUUUUGGGCCUGAUAUGUAUCAUUUACAAGUCCAGUUUCCAUUGUAAUCGAUGGGAGCAAGAUUUAGCCCAUUGACUUCAGUGGGAGUUGUGAUAUGCUGAGUGAUCUCAGGAUUGAGACCAAAAAUAGGAAAACUACAUUUUCUUUAAUGGAAUCACCAUUCUUAUUGCCUGAGCAUUAAAAUUGUUCAUAAAGAGGGCUACACUUAGCUAGAAUAGAUCAUUUUUGUACCUUAAUGUUGUAUCUUAUUUUGUAAAAAGCUGCAGUCCUCUUAUAAUUGGCACUUUUUGGGAUAAAUGGUACUUAGCACUCAUAAUAAUUCAGAAAUCUGAUCUAAUUUUUAAAUCUAUUAAAUGCCAUUGUUCAGAAGUUUCCAAUUUUUAUUUAAAAAUAAGGGAUUGCAGCUUUAAAAAUACAUUAUAUGGCACUUUACAUUGUCGCAAGAAGGAAAUUGUCUAAAGUCACUUUUAGACUAAUGGCACUAAAAGGCAUCUGUUGUAUGACACUUAUUCUUGUUCUUCAGAAACAGUGGGGGAAAAAUAGAGUUUUAGAUGCCCAAAGUACUUGUAAGACAUGGCCUCCUAUUAAGGGCCUCUAAAAUGGGGAUUUUAGUUGGCCAGCCAUUUCCAGUAUACUAAACAGUUGGUGUGUUGCUGCAAAACUCUUAAUGUUGAUAUCUAGGUUCAGAUAUACUGAAUUUAUGUAACUUGUACAUUGCACUGUUUUCCUAUUAUUCUGUAUUUAAAGUAUGGUUCUUAUGCGUUGAGGGUGUCAUGAAGUAUCGAGUCGUUGUACUUUCAUUCAGUUCUGUUUUAAAUCAUGGUUCUCAUGCCUUGUGGUUCUCAAGAUCUAAUGAUUCUUGUUAUGCCUCUAAAUGAAUUACUUAUGCGAAGGCUGUUAGAAAAAUUAAUCAAAAAUGCAGUAGACAAUAGGAGGACUGGAAUAGUGAUCAUGUGCUGUCCAACGUACCAUAUCAAAGGGUCUCAACUAAAGAAAAUCAUCAGGCACCAAGAUAAUAGGAGAUGCUCAUUAACUCUAAUACUGUUAUGGUAAGUGUGCUCUUGUAUUAAAAUAUUAAUCACAAAUCAAACAAAAUGCCAUUUGUAACUACCCUUGUAGUGAAUGGGAGAAAUGUCUUGUUGUUUACAUUACAGCUGUCAGCAAUAAGCUUCGUCCGUACGCUGUUAUGAAGUGGUAGUAAUAAAGGAUACAGAACUUGA